AUGUACGGCCCGCGUGCUGCAGCUGGCAGCGUACCACUUCUGCUUUGCCUCCUGAUUGUUGGCGCCUUCUGCUCCUCUGCCAUCGAUAAAGAGCAGGAGCGCCUGGAGCGCAUCCGAGAGAAGGUGAACUCCCUCGUGGACCCUCUUCGCGAGGCCGAGGAGGCUCUCGCCGCCCGAUUCAUCGCACCCGAGUCAGGCUCGGACGAUAACAAGAGCCUGUUCUCGUUGAUCCCCGGGCGCUACCCCAAGGCGGUCUCGCUGCCCGAGUUCCUGGAGAGCCUGCCCACGCUUCCCGGAGGCCCCGAGGCACUCCAAAUCGUCAUCGAACUCAUCCAGAGCAAGACCGGUCCGUUCCACCACUGGCCCACCAUGCGAGAAACGCUCUCGUGGCGUUGUGGUAUCAACAUUCCCGAAGACACGUUGAAGCUUAUCCUGAGCGACAGCUCGCUGCUGCUCAACUACUUCAAGGGCUCGCCGCGUCUGUUGCACCAGCUGUGGGCCGGCCUGAACUACGUCAUGCCGCCCAGCAACCAGACCGCCUUCCGUGUGCCGUCGGGCUUCAACUUCCCGGACGAGCUGACCACAUUUGCCUUCAACGUCACGCCUUACCUCCCGAGCAUCUCGCCCCUCACCCCCAACUCCUCGGUCUGGUUCGGUUUCUUCAUGCCCGAGACGACCACGCUCGAGCAGGCCAAGAUUAACUUCCUCACCUCCUUCAUUCUCAACCAACUGUCCGACAACCACCACCUUAAGCCCACCGACCCCAACUGGUUCGUUGUCAAGGUCAAGGGCCAGUCCUACUCGCGCAUCGACACGUUCUUGAACGCUCUUCUGGCCGACAACCAAGCCAGCCUGAACACCUACCUCACCAAGCGUAUUGCGGCGUUCUAUGGCCUCUACAUGCAAGACAAGCAGGGUAAUCUGCUCGAGGUGGCCGACCCCGUGAUGAUCCAAACCGGCCUCUUCGAUUCGACCGGCAAAAACGAAGUCGUGCUUCCUGCCAUCCACUCGGAGUACGUGAUCGAGUUCGGUGCGGGCAACUUCAACUUCAACGUGGUCUGGUACGAGGGCGACGACGGCAUCGGCUUCUUCCCCGGCAACAUGUGGUUGCUGGAGAGCUGGGUGGGCACGCUCAACGGACCCAACAUCACCGGCAGCCAGGGCGUCAAUGCCAUUCUCUACAUGAGCGCGCUCCGUGACAUCCUCAUCCAGACGGCCGUCAAGAACGAGCUGUGGGACGACGGCUACGGCGUUUCCGGCGUGUGCGACGAUUCGUGCGGCAUCAUCGAGAUGGUCACCACGGGCAGCUCCACCGAGUACCCCAACCUCAUGGACAAGAGUUUCGUGGUGCCGGAGAUCCUCUAUCGCGUGCGACAGAGGGACGACCUGUCCUAUCUCUACUACGACCUCCUCAAGAUCGUCAACAACAUGCCCGUCGACUGGCGAGGCACCAAGGACCCGACGGCUCGCUCGAGGGCAGCGGGCACGAUCGUGUGGCCCGUGGGCGCCGAGCCCUUCCAGUGCGUAAUCGACGCGCGCGCCAUUCUCAACGCCUACGACUGGCCCACCGCCCAGUCCGUCUAA